AUGGUGGUUCUGUUUGUGUCUUUUCUCCUCCCAGCGAUGGUGCUCGGCCUGCCUGGCGCUCGGGCCGUGGGGGCUUGCACGCGCGCCUGCCCCGCCACGUGUGUGUGCAGCAGCUCCCAGCGAGGCUGCUCGGUGCGCUGCGACCGCGCGGGCCUGCUGCGGCUGCCCGCCGAGUUCCCCUGCGAGGCGGCCUCCAUCGACCUGGACCGCAACCGCCUGCGCUUCCUGGGCGAGCGGGCCUUUGGCACGCUGCCCUCCCUGCGCCGCCUGUCGCUGCGCCACAACAACCUGUCCUUCAUCACGCCCGGCGCCUUUAGGGGCCUGCCCGGGCUGCUGGAGCUGCGCCUGGCGCACAACGGCGACCUCCACCCGUGGCGCUGCGACUGUCGCCUCGAGUGGCUGCGGGAGUGGAUGGAGAGCUCUGGGCACGUCGCUCAAGUGCCGUGCGCCUCGCCGGGAUCCGUGGCGGGCCUGGACCUCAUGGAGGUGGGCUUUGGGCAUCCUGCCGACGGCCUGUGUGUGGACCCUGAGGAGCUGAACCUGACAGCAUCCAGUCCAGGCCCAGCCCCAGCCCCAGACCCAGCCGCUGCCACGGUGAGCAAGUUCAGCAGCCUCCUCUCCAGGCUGCUGGCGCCAAGGGCUCCCGUGGUGGAAGAGCUGGGCAAUGGCACUGAGAUGCUAGCCAACGCCUCGUUGUCCAGCAGCUUUCCUCACCGUGGGGUACGCCGCUUGGGCCGCAAGACCAAGAGCCUCCUCAGCUUUUGUCUCCUGCUCAGUGUGGCCCAGCACGGGAAGUCUGGCUUGUAUAUGGAUUGA